CAUCUCCUCGAUACUUCUCUCACACUAAACAUUAAAACAUAUCUUAUUAACACUAAGCUUACUUCGACCAUUACUCUGUUUCUUCCUUUAAGCUUCAAAAAAAAUUUCAAAGUAUCAACCUUUUUUGUUUUUUUUUGCGUUCGAGUAAAGAUUUAAGGUGAGUAGUUUAGUGAUGCGUACAGGGGCUUAUACCGUGCACCAGACACUAACACCAGAGGCUGCUUCAGUUUUGAAGCAAUCUCUAACCUUAGCAAGAAGAAGAGGCCAUUCUCAGGUCACUCCACUUCACGUAGCUUCAACGCUCUUAACUUCAACAAGAUCCAAUCUUUUCCGACGGGCAUGUCUAAAGUCUCAUCCUUUCACAGCCCUCGGUCGACAAAUGGCUCACCCUUCACUCCAUUGCCGAGCCCUCGAGCUCUGUUUCAACGUUGCUCUCAACAGGCUUCCAACGAACCCAAACCCUCUGUUUCAGACUCAGCCUUCGCUCUCCAACGCUUUGGUCGCGGCUCUGAAGAGAGCUCAGGCGCAUCAGAGGAGAGGGUGCGUGGAGCAGCAGCAGAGCCAGCAGAACCAACCCUUCUUGGCGGUUAAAGUCGAGCUGGAGCAGCUCGUUGUGUCGAUUCUUGAUGAUCCUAGUGUGAGCAGAGUGAUGAGAGAAGCUGGACUCUCUAGCGUUUCUGUGAAGGGUAACAUAGAUGAUGACUCCUCUGUUGUUUCCCCUGUUUUCUAUGGAUCUUCUUCCUCUGUUGGUGUCUUCUCUUCUCCUUGCUCUCCUACUUCUAGUGAAAACAAUCAAGGAGGAGGGACUUUAAGCCCUAACCCUAGUAAGAUUUGGCAUGGGCACUUGACCAAUCAUCACUCUUUUGAGCAGAACCCUUUCUUCCACUUCCCUAAAGGAAAAACCUUUGCUCCUGAGCAAGCUUCUCCAAUGAGAGAAGACGCAAACCCGGUCAUUGAAGUGCUUCUAGGGAAGAAACACAACAAGAAGAGGAACACAGUCAUUGUUGGAGACUCUGUCUCUCUAACAGAAGGAGUGGUUGCAAAACUUAUGGGAAGAAUAGAGAGAGGAGAAGUUCCAGAAGAUUUAAAGCAAACUCACUUCAUCAAGUUUCAGUUCUCACAAGUUGGUUUGAACUUCAUGAAGAAGGAGGAUAUAGAGGGACAAGUUAGGGAGCUGAAGAGGAAAAUAGAUUCAUUCACAUCAUGGAGUAGCAAAGGUGUGAUUGUUUGUCUUGGAGAUCUUAACUGGGCAGUGUGGAGCGGCGAAAACAGCGCAUCAUCAUCGCAUUACAGCGCAGCGGAUCAUCUAGUGGAGGAGAUGGGGAGACUGGUGUAUGAGUAUAGCAACUCAGGAGCCAAGGUUUGGCUCUUGGGGACAGCUUCUUACCAAACAUACAUGAGGUGUCAAAUGAAGCAGCCUCCACUUGAUGUUCAAUGGGCUCUUCAAGCUGUUUCAAUUCCUUCAGGAGAACUUUCGCUAACCCUCCAUGCUUCCAGUGGUCACAGUUCUGAGAUGGCUCCUCAAGUGAUGGAGAUGAAGCCUUUUAGAGUUAAGGAAGAAGGAAUAAGACAAGAAGAGGAAGAAGAUAAACUCAACUUUUGUGGAGAAUGUGCUUUUAACUAUGAGAAAGAAGCAAAAGCUUUUAUAUCAGCUCAACACAAAAUCUUACCACCUUGGCUACAACCUCAUGGAGACAACAACAACAUUAACCAAAAGUUUCAAGAUGAAUUGAGUGGACUGAGGAAGAAAUGGAACCGGUUUUGUCAAGCUCUUCACCACAUGAAACCCGGUAUGACUACUCAAACCUUUGGCUGGAGUGCAGAACAGAGCAGCUCUGUUUCUUUUGUGGACUCGUCAGGUCUGAAACCAAACUCACGUGCAUCUAGCUCGGUGGCUAAGUUCAGACGACAGAACUCGUGUACUAUCGAGUUUAGUUUCGGAGCUAAUCAUGAAGAAGGUCUGAAGAAGAAUCUAACCGAUGAACUGAGUUUGGAUGGGUUCAAGAUUAGCAACGAUGAAGGUGUGGAAGCCAAGAUUACUCUUGCACUUGGUCAUUCUCCAUUUCCAUCCGAUGAUGAAGAAGAACCAGAGAGAGCCAUUACAAUGAGAGAGUUAUCAGAAAAGCUUCAUCAGAACAUUCCAUGGCAAGGGGAAGUUCUUCCUUCAGUUGUAGAAGCCAUGGAGGAAUCUGUAAAGAGGAGUAAGAAGAGAGAUGCUUGGAUGCUGGUUUCAGGUAACGAUGUGACUGCGAAAAGAAGACUGGCUCUCACAAUCACAACUUCUCUUUUCGGGUCAGUCGAUAACAUGUUGAAGAUCAAUCUAAAAACGUCGAAGGCAAGUGAAGCGUGCGAGGAGCUCGAGAAGGCAUUGAAAGACCGAGAAAAGGUUCUUGUUUUGAUAGAGGGAGUUGAUUUAGCCGACGACCGGUUCUUGAAGCUUCUUGUUGAUAGAGUUGAGGCUAGAAAGUCAGGAGAUUUGGAUGAUUCUCAAGGGAAGAAGAGCCAUAUGGUCUUCCUUUUGACGAGAGAAGAUGAUGAAUGUGAAGACAACGAACAUGUUGUCAUACCAAUGGUGCUGAAGUGUAAGAAAUCAAGUUCUGGUUUGGUGAACAACAAGAGGAAACCAGAAUCUGAGGCUGCACCGACGAUGAUUAAGAUGAAGAAUGCAAGAAUCCAAGAAGAGGAGGAUGUGGCUUGCGACAUAAGCAACAUCAAGAAAGAGUUCUCAAGACAGUUGAAUUUCAGAUCAAGUGAACUUGAUCUUAACUUAAGAGUUGACGCCGAAGAAGAAGAAGAAGAGGAAGCAGCAGCUAAAUCAGCCACUCAAGAAAAUUUUCUUGAUUCUAUCAAGAACCGGUUUGAUUUCACAGUUUUGUCCAACGAAGAUAUAACCAAGUUUUUCGUGGCGAAGAUCAAAGAUUCAUGCGAGGAGAUCCUCGGGCAGCAUGAAGAGAGAUUCGGGUUUACAGUGGAGCCGGAACUGAUCGAGAAGUUUUACAGAGGGUGUGGGUUUUUUGCUAACGGUUUGUUUGAAGAGUGGGUGAAAGAUGUUUUUCAAACGGGUUUAGUAACGGUCAAAAAGGGCGGGAAAGAGGGCAUAAGUGUAAUUAACCUAUGUUUGAGGGGUAUAGAUAUGAUUGACCAAGGGGAGGUAUACGAGGAGGAAGGAUUCAUGGGCACAUGUCUACCCAACAGAAUCCAAGUUUCCUUUGUUGAUUAGCUUAAUUUGGCUUUUAAUUAAUUGCUGUUUUAUUAGUUUUAUGAAAAUCUCAGGUUACUUCUUUUUGCUGUUAUUUAUAUAUAUUGGUGCUUUAUAACAGGGAAAAGGAGAAAUUAAUUAUGAUCCAAGAAAAGUGGAACUUGACCGCA